CAAGAACCCGUGUCCCCUGCAUCGGCAGGCGGACUCUCAACCACUGCGCCACCAGGGAAGCCCUCUAUUUGUUUUUGAUACAAACUAUGACGAAUUUGAAAGCAUAACAUUACCCAGUUUUUAUUUAAAACUCGAAUUUACAAAAUCUGGACCAUUCUAAGUUACGGUUGUUGUGAUUUUUUACCCCAUCUCUUCCUGUAGCAGUUUCACAGUUUACAAAGCCAGCAGUCUUUGCUCGUUUACUUGGUGUAUUGCUCUGUGCAAAGACAGAUUUUUGAAGCUGUUCUUGCCCCCUGAUGGCUUACACUCUAGACAGACGAGCCAAAACUACCUUGCUAAUAUCCCUUAUGUAAAGUUUUUAAUGAAAAGCAAAUGUUUGAGGGAAUUCUGAAGAGUAAGAAGUUAUUUUCAUUUAGGGCCUCAGAGAAUGUUCUCUAGUUUUUAAGGUGAGUUCUGAAAGUUGGUUAUACUGAAGGAGCUGAAGUGGGAGAUGUUGCCAUUCCGGGUGGGAGAGCCGGACAAGCCAGCACAAGACUUUUUCAGCAGCUCAAUGGCCUCCCCGAAGAAGAAACUUCAAGGUCUUGUUGCUGCGACCAUCACGCCAAUGACUGAGCAUGGAGAAAUCAACUUCUCAGUCAUUGGUCGGUAUGUGGAUUAUCUCGUAGAAGAACAGGGAGUGAAGAAUAUCUUUGUGAAUGGCACGACAGGAGAAGGCCUGUCCCUGAGCAUCUCAGAGCGCUGCCGGGUCGCGGAGGAGUGGGUGACAGAAGGGAGGAACAAGUUGGAUCAGAUAGUAAUUCACGUGGGAGCACUGAGCUUGAAGGAGUCACAAGAACUGGCCCAACAUGCAGCAAAAAUAGGAGCCGAUGGCAUCGCUGUCAUUGCACCUUUCUUUCUCAAGCCAUGGAACAAAGAUGUCCUGAUUAAUUUCCUAAAGGAGGUGGCCGCUGCUGCCCCUGCACUGCCGUUUUACUACUAUCACAUUCCUGCUUUGACAGGGGUAAAGAUUCGUGCUGAGGAGUUGUUGGAUGGAAUUCAGGAUAAGAUCCCCACCUUCCAAGGGCUGAAAUUCAGUGACACAGAUCUCUUAGACUUCGGGCAAUGUGUUGAUCAGAAUCGCCAGCAACAGUUUGCUUUCCUUUUUGGGGUGGAUGAGCAACUGUUGAGUGCUCUGGUGAUGGGAGCAACUGGAGCAGUGGGCAGUACCUAUAACUACCUGGGAAAAAAGACAAACCAGAUGUUGGAGGCUUUUGAACGGAAGGACUUCUCCUCGGCCCUGAACCAUCAGUUUUGUAUUCAGAGAUUUAUCAACUUUGUGGUCAAACUAGGUUUUGGAGUGUCGCAGACCAAAGCCAUCAUGACUCUUGUCUCUGGGAUUCCAAUGGGCCCACCCCGGCUUCCACUACAGAAAGCCUCUAGGGAGUUUACUGAUAAUGCAGAAGCUAAACUGAAAAGCCUAGAUUUCCUUUCUUUCACUGAUUUAAAGGAUGGAAACUUGGAAGCUUGUAGCUAGUGCCUCUCUAUCAUAUCAGGGUGUGUACGUUGAGAUAUAAUCCACUUUGAAUACUGCAUUCAUUUCUCAAAAACUUUUUAGAUGAGUUUGAACUAAACUUUCCUAGCAAAUGAAAUCUUGCAUCAAUCAACAAGUAUUUAAAUACCUACUAUGAUCUUUUAAAAGUUUUAAUUUAUGAAGGGGCAAAAACUGUAAAAGGAGUUAUGAGCCCUAAGUCAUUCAAUAUGUCACAGAAUUUUGGUGGAAAAGUUUUUGCAUAAAUGGAUAAUAUGGAAUCAAGAGGAAAAUUGUAAUUGAUUAAUUCCAUCUGCCUUUGGGAGCUCCCAUUAUCUUGAUUUCUGGUUGUUAAUCCUAUUUUAAAGUUUUCUAAUUUUAAACCACCAUAAUGUACUUUCACUUUAAUAAAUAUUCAUUUGGAAUCUAGGACAACUCUGAGCUAUUGCAUUUAGGCAGACAUGCUAACUUUAAUGCCAGAUUACAGUGAGACUCAACUAUGCACAACUGUUAACAAACCAGUUCACUUGGCUGCUCAGUCUAACUCUAGAAUAUCUGCUUUCGGAUUAAUUGCGAUGUCGCAGUUUUCCCCCAAAACAUUGGGUUAGGUGAAGACUUGCUUCAGUUACUAUAACUAAAGGGCCAUUAGGGUGGUUUUCACAUAACAAAGGAAAGGCCUUCCCCAAAGAUGAAUUCAAGUCUCUAAUUGUUGCUAUAGAGAACUUCUCAAAGUUUCAAAGAGCUCUCUGCUCUGGGCACCACAAACUUCCCCUUUCCUCACUGAGAAGAAAGUGUCCCUCAACAGUGCCCUGAAUUAUUGGAAAUGAAAGCCAGCAUCCCUUCUGCCGUGAGCCCAGGGGCUACUUACUGUUAUUUCCCAGUCACAUUUUCACACAGUCACUUUUCAGUGAUAAGAGAUUUAGGGAGGACCUAAAGAUUUAACUUUAACUUUCUCUACACACCUUCUUUACUUUUUUCUUUUUCUGGACUAUAUAACUGGCUGCUCAGUCUCCUCUCUAACAAACCCUGGUACAUGCCUUCCAGUAACAAAGUGUACUGAUGGUCAAUCCUUAGUGAUUUUAAACUGGACUAUCCAGUCUAAUAACUACCUAAGAUUUUAUUUUGUUUCUUAUCUAAUUAGUCUGCUCAUUGGCAGAGGAAAAGUAUUUGAAAUUCAUAUCAGUUUACUCUAUUUUUUAAUUUUUAAAAAUUAAAAAAGUGUUUGCAAAAUGAGAAUUUGAAAUGAUCAGUGGAUUUGAUUAUCUUUGCUACCCUUCUCUUUAUAUCUCCUCACUCCUUUUUUGCCCAGGAAUAAAACACACUGUUUUCUCAUAUUUCUCUCACCUUUAGGAGUAAGGUGUCUGAAUUAGAAAUUGAACCACGGUGGCUUAUGUGAGCUUAUAUUCUACCUCACUGAAACUUUUCUCUAUAGCCGUUAAUUUCCUGAAAGAAGAACAGUGAGGUUUUUGUUAGUCUUUGGUUCUGAGGAUGUCAUAUCCCUACUUAAUGAUACUAAAGCCAAAUUAAUUUUUCAGUGAAGAUAAAUAUUGGAUAUCCACUAAGCAAUGAACUCUGCUUUUCUUUUUUUGCUCUUCUGAAAUUAGUGCUUAGAGGGCUUUUAACAUGAUUAAUGAGAUCUUGUGAACACAAAGUUAGUUAAACAAAAUGACCAAGGGCUGAGUUUAGCUCUAUGUAUUUUAACAUCCAACUCCGUAGAAACAAGGGACUUCUCUGGUGGCACAGCGUUUGGGACUCCAUGCUCCCAGUGCGGGGGGCCUGGGUUCGAUCCCUGAUCUGGGAACUGGAUCCCACAUGCAUGCCGCAACUAAGGAGCCUGUGAGCCACAAAUAAGGAGCUGGCCUGCUGCAACUAAGACCCAGUGCAACCAAUCAGGGAAGCACAAAAGAGAAAACCAUUCUACAAUUUAAUACAUACAGUGUCAUUAGUGUUUUUUUACAGUUUGCUUUUGAGGAUAAUCUACUGAAUUUUUCUGCCAGUGACAUUUCAGAGUGAAGUUGUCUUCAGCAGUAGACUUCCACAGAGAAUCAAGAGUAUAACAGUCCAAUAUGUUUUACAGGUGAUACCUGACAGUUUAUGAGUAGCUGCAGAUCACUUUUUUCUCCAUUUUUUCCCCAAAGUCUUGGAUGAUGAACAGGAAUCAUGACUUUCACCGCCACUAUAGUGCUCAUAUAAAGUUUUAGCAGCUUUCAAAAUGGAGUCAGGAGAAUUCAGGCCAACAAGUUGGCCCAGAACGUAUUUCAUUUCUUUAGUGGUUCCCUUAGCCACCUGGUUACCUGGAUGAGUUUGAACAUAUGGAUGUGCCAGAAGCUCAGGAGUGGAUACCCUCUGUUUAGGGUCCCUUAGUAAACAACACUUUAACACAUCUUGAAGAAGGUAUAAAUGGAAAAUAGGGAAAGGUGUUUAGCAACGUCACUGGGAAGCCUGUGCAGAGUGCACCUAAAUGCAAGUCACAUCACACUAAUUUGUUUGUGUUGGCCUUCUAGAGGAAGGAAAACCAUUAGAAAACUUUCAGGUUUUUUUUUU